AUGAGCAAGAAAAUCCCUCAAUCACUGAUUCGUCUCCAUGAGCAGUCAUGCAAACCAAGGUUCCUGAUGGCAUCAUCCAUCCAGUCCAACAUUCUUGGUUCGUCGCAAAAAGAAUCUGGAACGACGUCAUCAUCGUCACUACCACCAGUCCUACGAUUCUACUCUUCCACAUCCGCUAUAGGGGCGCCGUCCUCGUCCAAUGAUAACAGCAGCAACAAGGAUGAUGAUUGGGCUCUACUAUAUGAGCGAGAUUCCGAACGCAACAAACUUCCACAAGCAGCACUUGCCUUUUCCAUUCUAAACUCGAGCUAUUGGAUGUGGUACACCGUCGACUUUAUUCCUACCAUUAAUAAUUCUCCCAUUGACGAUUUGUAUGUGAACCCCAUGAUUGGAAUUGGCGGAGUGACUUUGGGGCUCUUGAUCAAUCUAGUGACGGGACUUUAUCCCUUUUCGCUCGUGUCCAAAUUGGGGUAUGCUCCCAAAGACCAACAAUUGCAUGUUUGGAAGCAUGACUUGUUUCCCUUGAUCAAGCAAGCCAAAGAACCGAAAAUUUACUCUUUGGGAACUCUAAAGUUCCAUACUGCCUCGAAUGAUACACAAGACUUGUUGAAGGACUCUUCCACAUAUACUGGCCAUUUGGGAUUACAAGCCAAUGACGAACGAUUGCCCAUGUUGAUGGAAGUACGAGAAAAGGGUGAAUUGAAGGACCCACAAUUAUUGCUCCAAGCCAUGUUGUUGGAUCCUAAAGCCAUGAUUUAUGGUCAAGAAGAUAUGGGUCGAAGUCGCUACCGAGCAGAUCGAAAACAGAAGCAGCCCAAAAAGAAGAAGCAAGAAGAAUCGCCAACUGAAACAGCAAAAUCCAGUGCCGAGCCCAUCAAUAUCAAACCGAGAUAUGCCAAAAAGAAUAAGAAGCGAUAA